AUGACUUUUUGUCCUAUUAAAAAAUACACAAAAUUAAAUAAAACUUGAUGUUUCCCCAUAUUGAAAAAAAGUUUUAAAAAAGUUCAUAAUUAUUUCUUUUAUUGGUGGUCAAUUCUGUAUGUGCAGCGCGGUGACAUAAACUUUCUUAAAUGCUGGUCGCGAGUGCAAACCCUCAUCUGGCAGGACCCUCGCGAUGCUAUGCAACACUAG